AUGUUUCCAUUUAAUGAACAAAAUGCAAAAAAACGAGCUUUUGUUGAUAAAGCUAGAGCCGAAAGGGAACAACGAGAGAAACAACGUAUAAAACAAAAGGAGGAGCAAAAGUUAUCACAUUCUGCAAUUAUUAUACAAAAAAUUUUUCGUAAACACCUAAAUAAAAAGCAAAAUUUAUCUAAUUUACGCAAUUCAUGGGAUGUGGAUUCAGGUUUUUCGAUUGACUGCAACAAAUCAAAUGAUAAUUAUUCCAGUACUAUGUCACAAAAAAAUUCAUCGGAAAUUCUUUCACUUGCCAAAUUAUUAUUCGGUUUUUUCAACCCAAAACAAGAACCGUUAGAUAAUGCCAGGUUUUCACAUUUAUGUAAAUUAAUCUUAUCCACUACAAAUCCCUCCAAUAAAGCUAACCAAAUAGUUGUCCCGUUUCAUUUUUUAUUGAUAAAUGAGCGUUACGGAAAUUGUACUUUGAACUUGAUGAAAAAAAUUCUUUGGCAAUGUGUCGAAAGGAUAAUUGGGCAUGCGGAUUCUAAAAACAGUCAGACAAUUUCUUUAUAUCUUUCCGGGACUGAAAUAAGACUUUUGAUUCAUUUUCUUAAUCCUGUGAAUUAUGUAGUUAAAGGAAAUGUACCAAAUUCUUCUAAUUUAACGAAUUCUAUCACCACAUUAUUAAGUCAAAAUUUAAUUAUAUUUCAUAAUUUUCUUUCACAAAAAGGAUUUUACAUAUUAAUAGGUUCAGGAAUGUCACUUAGAGUGAAUUCAAUGUUAACUCUAAGAUCUCGUGCAAAAAAAGUAAAACUUUCAACAGAAGAUGAAAAAAAGUUGAAUUCAACAAAUUUAUGGAUCUUGGCUUGUAUAAAGUGUUGCCUAUUUUUAUUAGAUUCAAAUUUCGAGGGAGGACAUUUGCAAUCAUCUACAGAACAACUUGUUCAACAUUAUAGUGAAAAGAACAAGUUAAUCAUGUUUUUCAUUCAUAUAUUGUCAACUCCUUGCCUCCUAUCUUCUUUAGAUGAUAGUUGUUUAGAUAUGUUAAGAAAAUGGAAUAUUCCAACAAAAAUUAUCGAAACAAUGCGUGAUAAUGAUUCUUUAUUACAAAUUUUAAAUGGGCUAACCGGAAAUGAUGCAAUAUUUUUGAUGGGAAAUAUCGUUGAACUUGUGUCAAAGUCAGAUUUAAUCGCUUUAUCGAUAAGUGAAACUUCAUCGAAAGUAAAGCAAGUUUCUUCAAUACAAAUUCAUGAUUUUAUCGAAAUUAUAACUUCUUUACUUCAACAUUGUCAUAAAUUUGUUUCUUCUAUAAAAUCAAAUACACAUUAUCAAUAUCAUCCUAUAUUUAAAUGGUAUUCUGGAAAACAUGAUUCAAAUAUUCCAAAUUCACAUUUUAAUUUAGUCAUUACACAGCUUGAAUAUUUAUGGCAGAGACUGUUUAUAAGCAAGGCGUUUGAUCAUGUUUUGAAUUUUAAACCUACGGUUAAAGAUCAAAGUAAUCUGUUAAAAUUAUCACCAAGAAAAAAUAGUUUUAGCGAUAAGAAAAUUAGUUUGACUUCAGGAAAAGUUACAAUUUAUGCUAUUGAAACUCAAGCGGUUUGUCGUUUAUAUGUAUUGCUAUUAAAACUUCUCACCGAUCAAAAACAUGAUAUCAUAAUGAAUUUAACUUAUAUUCCAAGUCUCGUUCCUAAUCUUUGGAAGUUUUUAAUGUGUUUGGGUCCAAAAGGGAAUAUGGAGAUAUUCUUGAAUGGAUCUGUAGUAAAAGCGCCAGAAAAGGAACCUUUGAUAAGUAUAUUAGAAUUAUUUUGUGAAUGUUGCAGUAUAUUAUUGUUAACGACGGACGACGAUGAACUAUAUGAUAUGCAAAAUCCUUUUUCAAUUGAAACAGAUGUAAUUCCCAUGGCUGUGUUCUUUAACAGAUUUUGCUUCGCAUUAUUAAGUCAUUCAUCACCUGAAGGUUAUCCACCAACAAUAUUUGAAUCAGCACGUAGGGUUUUACUUCAAUUACAUUCGAGAGACACGCGUCGUUCAUUUUCUGAAGAAAGUAUUUGGCUACUAAUUAAAGAUCCAAAGAAAUCUUUACCAAAAUCGCUUAAAGACCUUUUCAAAAAAUCUUUGUCAAGUAACAAUAAUGACAAGGAUCUUAUGGGAAUGUCGUUCUUGGAUCGAAUCCGUGAUAAUGAUCCUAUAUCGAUUAAAAUUCUUAAUUUAUUACCGCAUACGAUUCCAUUUGAAACGAGAUUAGAAAUUUUUCGUGAUUAUUUGAAAAAUGGUGUCCCAAUUAUUUUAAAUAGUGAAAUUAUGAUUAGAGUUAGGAGAGAUCAUGUGUUGGAUGAUGGUUAUAAACAUUUGGGUGGAUUAAAUCCGGUGAAAACAAAAGGAAGAAUUCGCGUAAAAUUUGUAAACGAAACUGGUACCGAGGAAGAUGGUGUGGAUCAAGGAGGUCCAUUUAAAGAAUUCAUAACGCAGCUUAUCGCUGAAGCAUUUGACCCAUCUUGUGGUUUAUUUGCUGUAACUCCUAAUAGUUCAAUGCUUUAUCCAAAUCAUCAGAAUACGUCAACAAAGAUUACAUUAUAUUCAUUUUUGGGUAAGAUGAUCGCGAGAGCAAUACAGGAAGGUAUUUUAGUCGAUGUACAAUUUGCUGGAUUUUUCCUAAGUAAAAUGGCUGGUAGAGCUGUUUUUCUGGAAGAUUUAAUUGGUUUGGACGAUGAUUUACUGAAGAAUUUAUUGUUUUUAAAAAGAUAUGAUGGGAAUGUUGAGGAUUUGGGGUUAUAUUUUGCAGUUGAUGAAGAAAGUAAUGGAAAAGUCGUUUCAAAAGAUCUCAGGAUAGGUGGAUCGCACUUGUCUGUUACUAAUGACAAUAGGAUUCAGUACAUAUAUCUCAUGGCUGAUUACAAGUUGAAUAAACAGGCAAAAGAACAGACCAGAGCAUUCAUUAAUGGUUUUCAAUCUAUGAUACCCGAAAAUUGGCUAAGGAUGUUUUCACCACCAGAACUACAACGCGUUCUUUCCGGGGAGGACGUUAAUUGGGACGUUUCUGAUCUGCGUAAAUAUACGUUAUAUCAGAAUGGAUACUUCGAUCAACAUCGAAGUAUACGGCAUUUUUGGUCUAUAUUAGAAGAGAUGAAUUCAAAUGAUAAAAGCGCAUUUCUUAAAUUUGUUACGAGUUGUUCCAAGCCACCACUUGGUGGAUUUAAAUAUCUUCAACCACAAUUUACGAUUCGUAUGAUUUCAAGUGAUCAUGCUUCACCUGUAGAAAAUGUCAAUUCCUCACGUUCAAGAUUGAGUAUGGGACAAGUUAAAUCUUUAUUUUCUUCUCUUGGAAAUUUAAAAUCCGCCUCAAAGGAGCGACUACCAAUGAGUUCAACAUGCUUUAAUUUAUUAAAGCUACCGUGUGAGUAUAGAUUAUCAAGAUUUGUAAAAGCUUUCUACGAAGAGUAA